GCCCCCUAGUGGCAGAUGCAGCCGGGGGCCGGGCCCGGAACGAAACUACCUGACGGAACCCGGAGUGCGCGCUCCGAGCUUCCGGGGAAGAAGACAGAGCAGGACCUGCGCGCGGCGGUUCCUGCGCCCGGGAAGGAGGCUAUGGCCAUGGGGGCUUGGGGGUUGCGGCUCUGGAGGGCCGCUCUCCGCGGCGAGGCUGGCUGGAGAUUGAUAGCAACAUCACCAGCUUCUCAGCUGUCACCGACCGAACUGAUAGAGAUGCAGAAUGAUCUCUUUAACAAAGAGAAAAACAGGCAGCUAUCCUUAACUCCCCGGACUGAGAAGAUUGAAGUUAAACACGUUGGGAAAACUGACCCUGGCACUGUCUUCGUGAUGAAUAAAAACAUUUCAACUCCUUAUAGUUGUGCCAUGCAUUUAAGUGAGUGGUACUGCAGGAAGUCCAUUCUGGCCCUUGUGGAUGGACAGCCUUGGGACAUGUACAAGCCUUUGACCAAGUCCUGUGAAAUUAAAUUUCUUACUUUCAAAGAUGAUGAUCCUGGAGAAGUAAAUAAGGCUUAUUGGCGUUCUUGUGCCAUGAUGAUGGGCUGUGUGAUAGAGAGGGCGUUCAAAGAUGAAUAUGUGGUCACUUUGGUCCGAGCUCCAGAAGUUCCAGUAAUCGCUGGAGCUUUCUGCUAUGACGUUGUUUUGGAUAAGAGACUUGAUGAGUGGAUGCCAACAAAAGAGAACCUACAUUCCUUCACAAAAGAUGCUCGUGCUUUAAUUUAUAAAGAUCUUCCAUUUGAAACUCUGGAAGUUGAAGCAAAAGUGGCAUUAGAAAUAUUUCAACACAAUAAGUACAAAUUAGAUUUCAUAGAAGAGAAAGCAUCUCAGAACCCUGAGAGAAUAGUCAAACUGCACAGAUUUGGUGACUUCAUUGAUGUGAGUGAAGGCCCUCUUAUUCCAAGAACAAGUAUUUGUUUCCAGUAUGAAGUAUCAGCAGUUCAUAAUCUCCAGACCCAGUCGAGUCUUGUACGAAGAUUCCAGGGUCUCUCUUUACCUGUGCACUUAAGAGCACAUUUUACAAUAUGGAAUAAGCUAUUGGAAAGGUCUCGGAAAAUGGUGAUUGGAGGUAACUGGAGAAUUUGAACAAGGAAGUGACCUAUUGGUAAACUAUUCCUAUUAAAAUCUCAUUCCGGGGGCAUCAUGGCAAAUAGCUGUGACUUAAGCCAGCAGUCCUGUGAUGGAUAGUAGAUGGUGGGAUCCUAAAGUCCUGCAGGCCAUUGAAAGUGGCUGUGAGAGUUACUUAGGUGGAAUGAAUAGGACUGGUGAUUAACUAAGCAGGCAAGAGAACUGCGGAUUCUCUCAUGCCAGGCUGGCCACCUGGGUAGAGCCCUUCACUGAAAUAGGUAAUGCAGGUUUUAGGGGCAUGGGGAACACAGUGUAACUCCAUUUGUUUGCUAAAUCUAAGCGGCAUAUAAUAGAAAUGUGAACAUACAGAUACCUAUUUCUACUAAAUCUGUCAUACACUAUCUUCAAAAUAGAAGUAUUAAUAUUUUUCAGCAUAAAAUUUUUGCAUCGCUGCCAAUAUUUUUCUUU